CGCGAGCUAUCCUCUCUAGACCCUCUCCUGAAUUCUGUCAAACAAUCUCCUAACCCUCUGAUCGACCUCCUCACGCUUGUUUAUCCUCUCGGCCCUUCCCUCUCCUCGCCUUGCUACCUUUCCAUUUCCAACUUCUGUCUUGCCCGUUGUGAAUCGGGUUGCGUUGUCUGUCGUCUCCCAGAUCGGUUCCUGACGCAGGUGCUCCAUCACCUUGACCGAUCCAAGACUUGAGAAUCUACAAUUUGAAGAUCGACGUCUUCAAAAUUCGAGUGCUGCAGGUCAAAAAACCUAGUGCAUUGGCCAACAGUUCGACGGCUGUCUGACAUAUUUGACCACAGCUUCCCGCAAGCUGAGGCCUUUUUCUGUCCUGUCACCUUCCCCCUCCAGUCCCUGCGCUAUGGGUCCCUCGCUGAGAGGCCACACCUCCAUGGCCUCAAUGGCACCACGUCCCCAGACUCGCGACACAAAUCGUCCCACCACUCGAGAACAGGUUGACAACACCAUGGUCCCGAGUAGGACAUCUUCUCUACAUUCCAGAAUCACACAACCUCUUCCUUCUACCUUGGCAAAAGUCAACAACAGACCAACUCCCAAAACCCUCACCCAUGCCUAUAUGGUAUGUGGUGUUGGAAGAGAACCAUCACAAUGGGUCAAAGCACCCCCACCAACCCAUGGAAAGAUUCAGCAUAUGAAGGGCGCCGUUGGUCAGUUCUGGUUGCCUGAGAUUCUGGGGAGCAGUCCCAGACUCGAGACAGACAAUGACAUUGCCAGAGCCUUGCACAGUGCCAUGAGGGCUUGCUUUCCCCAUGAUGUCGAAAUCUGCACUGGCCGAAGUCAGCCACACUGCGUACACCAUUCCUUUGUUUUGCAACAAGAUUCACAACACACUUUAUACGGCAUUGCUCUACGAGUUUGGUCCAGAGCCGAUGAAAAGCGCGCCGAGACCAUUCGAGAUCUCCGACGCAAAACUGAACCCGAUUAUCGCGAUGUCCCAGACGAAACAUACUGGAUUCCCUACUGCUUGAGUUUUCUCUCCCGCUAUCCUCUCUACAACUUGCUCGGGGAUUAUCUACGAGGCAUGUGGAUUCAUUGGAACAAAGCCACGAAUCUGUUCCACGCCGAAGAAGUCUCUCGCAUUCUCAGCUUUCCCGCCCCCCGUCUGAAUGACUUGGUGCGGAUCGACAUGAAAGAUUAUGCCUUGUGCUAUCAAUUCCCAUCAUCCCCCACUGGGUUUCAAAAUUUCUCCAUGUGGCCUUUGUUCAAUUGCUUGACCAUUCCCAACAUUGUCGGUCUGAUCGAAGCUGCCGUUUCACCAACCCGGCGCAUCAUCCUCACCAGUCACCACCCUGCCAUGCUCACAAUCGCGGCUGAGACCAUCCGGUUCUGCGUCCGCGUGUACGAGUGGAGUGGUCUCUAUGUCCCCGUCGUUCAUGCCCGAAACGUCAAUGAGAUGGUUCAAGAGCCAGGUCCAUAUAUUCUGGGUAUCACCACAGAAUGCCGAGCCUUGUUCCACCCCCCCAAGGAUGCUCUCCUUGUCGACUUGGAUCGUAAUUUGGUCAUCACCGACCAUCCUCCCAAUAUCUUGACUCCCGGACAGCGGACCAAGAUGACUACCCGUCUGACUCAGGCCUUGAACUCUGAUGUCGACAUUUCUGGUGUCCCUGCUCACCUCAAGUCUGCCUAUGGUGGAGGCAAGCUCAUUCCUGCUGGUCAGAUCAUUGUCCUCCGUGGCGAGGUCGAGAGUAUUCAAGACCCUGUGUGGUGGAAUCAAGAUGCCGUCAUGGCCGUCAUGGAUCAUGUGUGUGAGAAACUGGGUCGCAACACUGGUGUUAAAGCCUUGUUCGGUGGUGCAACCAAGAAGCCACUGAUGACCAAGAUCUCGAUGAGACACAUGAACGAGAUUGUCCGAGAACGAAAUCAAUACUCGCGGGAUGCCCUGGAAGCAUGGCAAGACUUUAUCAACCUCAAGGGUCGCAUGGACACCGAAUUGGCCAAGGUGGCCAAGCGAAACAACUACCUGGAGCAAGAAGUCGAAACAUGGAAACUCCAGUUCCAGAAAUUCCAAGCCUUUGUGGAAUCCCUCAACAAGGAAUUGGCUGAACUACGGGUCAAGAUCGAAUCACACAAGCGUGAGAACAGACGUCUUACCGGACUCAUCGAUCAACAGAAGGACGACGCGGCUCGUCUCACCCUCCGACUCUCUGGCACUGAGAGACAGCGCGACAAUGCGUUGGAGGCCCUUGUUCUGCAACAAGGUAUCGCCGAGGAUCUGGAGAAGGAACGUGCACGCAACCGAAAGGAGAUUGCUGCCAUGCAACAUACAAACCAAACACUUCAGCGGCAACGUGACGAAGCACAACGGGUUGUCCUCCAUCUUCGGUCACUCAUCACCGGUCAGACUCAUCAUAUGGAACACAUUGUUCGGUCCAUUGGCUCAGCCUCGGAGCUUCAAGAGUACAUUCACGAAGGCUAUGAUGAGGACGAGGAAGGAGAAGAAGAAGAGGAGCUAGAGGAGGGUGAGGGUAUGAGAAAUGUCACGUCUCGCAGCAGCAAACGUGCAUCGCGAUUGUGGGCUGACGGACAAGACGUGACACCGUCGAUGGAGACGAAGCUCCUCUCGGCCAACAAGAGGUCGAGCAAGCGCUACUCAGAACUCAGCAUGUCUGAUGUGGCGGAUCGUCAUCUCCGCAACAAGACUGAUGCCAUUGCGGACAUCAUCCGGAACAUCAGCGAGCAGUGUGCUGCCGCGGUGGAGAGUCUUCAAUUGGCCAACGAGGCAGCCGAGAUUGAAGAAGAUGAGGAAGUUGGUGACGUCGAUUUGGAAGAAGCCGGCAUUGCUCCUUCAGCAUCUCACAGCCGUGACAACAGCGGCAACUUGUCUCCGGUGGAGCACCUCGGAUCGGAUUCACGCAGUGGGACGGGACACUUGACACCUCAAAGUGACCGAGGGUCGAUUCCUCCCACACCAGAUCUCGUCCAUCAAAGAUCGAGCACAGCGUUGAGUAUGGCCAGCACAGCACCCACCAACUACACGGCUCGAGAGUCUCUGAACCACAACACCCGUGGAUCAGACCGGACCAAGAUCGUGGAAGACGAAGACGCGGAGCGAGCUCACUUGAGUGCAAGCACCAGUGGGACUGCCAACAAGAACGAAUUGGAGGAGAAUGUCAAGCAGCCUCCUCCCGGUCGUGGCUCUGUGCUCAGCCGUGUGGUUGAAGCAUGAGAGCACAAGUGAGGGGCAGUCAAUGCAGCAUACUCAGAUGGUUGGUUCUUGGUCGUCGACAUGAAGGGUUUCGUUGUGCGAGAGAGGACAGGGAAAUUUGCAUGGAGCUUGGGCGCUUCCUGGACCGAAAUAUGGCUUCGGGGUGGGAUUUGUUUUCACAUAUGAAGAAAGCCAGCCUCGCGAGGUUUUGAGGCAAUUUUGAUCCGACACCAUUUUUUUGGUUUUAUUUGGUUGAAGAUGAUGAUCUCAGAUGCCUGGAUGUGAGCGAGUCUGAGUGAUUGAGAGUGGAGGAGCUGAGACUGAGAGCAAAAAGACUUUUGGACAUAAGUUUUCCAAGAUUGGGGCAGCUCGGGGACUUUGAUUCUCCCAUUUUAUCCACCCACGUAGAGUUUAAAAUCUAAAAGGGGUGUAAUGUGCUCCAAGUCAGUAUUUAC